UCUCUUCAAUUGGAAAUUUUAUAAAGUAGCAAGCCUCAGCUACAGAAUAGUAUAUCUCAAAGAUGAUGCCUCGAUGUUUGAUUCUUACAAUAAUUAGCGCCUCUGUUAUAUUUCUAUUUUAUACUGAAUCUACUGAAGGUAUAAGAUUAUGCGGUAAACAAUUAGCGGAUUUUCUCAAUUAUAUUUGUAGAGAACGUGGUGGAUUUCAGGAUCCUUUGCAUAAAAGAACAGCUGUGUCCUUUGCACUCAAUAGGGCGAGUUCUAAAACAAGGAAUACUCGGUUUUCUUCUCAGCCUGAUCAGGAAGCGUCAGAAUUUGCUGAGUCUGAUCUCAGCAGCCCCUCAGAUAUGAAUUCAGGUAUCGCGAGUGAGUGCUGCAGAAAACCGUGCACUCUUUCCAUAAUGGUGUCAUAUUGUGCAAGAAAUGAAGUCUUAGAAAAUACUAGCUUGGACAGCAUACUAGCAUCCCUACCGAAGAGCUCUCAAGAUUUAGUACAGCUUGAAAACCAACAUGCAGAAGUCAAGGCAGCAAUUUUAACUACGCAAGAGGCUAUGCAUCCGGAAGAAGGAAAUAGUCCAGCUGAAAGUAAUCAGCCAAAUCUUGGAAUGUUUCAGAGAAAUAGGCCGGUAUUCAUAAUUGUAUCUCAAACGCAAGAUGCCAGUUUUACAGAUAAUGAUCCUGAAGACUAUAAUUCGUAAAAAUAAGAAUUAAGAACAAUAUUCACCAAAGAUGGAUACAAAUAUACACUGCUCAACUAAAAGGCUAUUUUAUUUUUCUAAAUCUGUAAAUGAAAAUUGUACUUAUGAAUCAUUUAAAACUUUUAUUUCUAUUGAGCUAUGUAAAAGAUUUAACUGUUAACAUUUCUGUAGAUAUAUAAAAUAAUGCUGAGACCAAAAA